CAGCAUCGCCGUUAAGCAUUCCAUGAGACAGGAUGCUGGCUACUUCCCAGAAUAAAACGAACCAGUAGUCUGUCUACGCCCGGCUUCUACCCUACACCACAACGUGUGCCUAGGAUUAGCUUGCAAAUACGUUACCCUCUAAGCUACCACGGGAAUAAUCGCUUGUUUUUUUUGUGUGCUCCAGUCCUACCUGGCGGCUAAAUAAGUCUACGAAACUUUUUGCAUCGUUCACCCAGACGUUGCUUGUUCACCCUUUCCUUCGAUCCAAGUUGGAACGUCUCGAUUUUCCGACAAUUAUCUCUGAAAACUGCCUUUGCUCACCGUAGGCGACAGCAACGACAAAUAUGCCACAUUUUUAUACAAAAUUAGUCUGGAAAUAAUGUCAUAGUUAUGUUACUAUGACGCAAAAUGAGGUAAUUUAUCUACUUCUUCAUCAUGGAGAUAGCGGAAAUAUGAUACCGCGAAUAACCCGCGGAAUCCAAAUUCCAUCGACUUGGGCGUUCGAUUCAGUAGAAUGUUUGUAAACACAUUGUCUAAGUUCGGAAGCCACUGGUGCCUGCGAUUCUGAAGAGUUACGAGACGCAAAAAUGGAUUCCGCUUUACUUAAAGAACGUGAGGCGUUUAAAAAACGGGCAAUGGCGGUUCCGGUAGUGGAGAACCGGAGCAAUAAACGCGAAUCGCCACCACGGGACAAAAAGAAACCGUUGGUGCCUUCUAAAGUACUGAAGCCCCCUUCGGCUCCUAAGGAUCCCUUCAGAUACAAGACGAUCGCAGGAGGUGGGGCGAAUUCAUUCUCAGUGUUGGCGAAAAUCGUCAAAUAUAUGAGAACUCGCCACCUUGAGGGAGACACCCAUCCACUUACUCUCGAGGAGAUACUUGAUGAAACUUCUCAGAUGGACAUUGGUGUGCGUCACAAGCAAUGGCUACAACAGGAAGCGCUUAUUUCGAAUCCUAAAAUCGAUGUAACCGAUGACGGCAAAUAUGCCUUUAAGCCUCCUUACAAUGUAAAGGACCGAAAAUCUCUGUUGCGUCUUCUCGAACGACACAUGCAGCGGGGGCUGGGUGGCAUAUACCUCGAAGACAUUCGUGAAUCGAUGGCCAACGCGGACGAUGUAUUAAAGAAGUUGGGCGACAAUAUUUUAUAUAUAACAAGACCCACCGAUAAAAAGGUUGUUUUAUUCUUCAACGAUAAAUCUGUCCUUGUUCCUAUCGAUGAAGAUUUAAUCAAACUGUGGCAUUCGGUGUCUGUAGACAGUGUUGAUGACGCAAAGAUCGAGGAGUACCUGAAACGGCAGGGAAUACAAUCAAUGCAAGACCAUGGCUUAAAGAAGGUCGAUCCCGCAGUUAAACGGAAAAAGGGAGCUCAGAAGAAAGCUAGAAAAUACAGGCGCCAUAACGAACAUCUAUCCGAUGUUCUGAUGGAGUUUACCGAAACUUAAAGACGUUGGGAACACUACGUAAUGAAAUUUAGCAGCAGCUCGCUGCUAUAUGCUGCCAUUUGGUAGUUUAGACUUCCUUAGAGUUUACUAAAUCCUACCACGAAACUAUAAGGGACAAAGGAAAACAUACUUAAUAGGUGCAAUACUGGUUGAAUUAUGUAUAAAAUGUACUAUUUUCGAAUCUUUAACAAUGAGAACAAUGAGAUAACAAUAGAUGAUCGUGUCACAAGCAAAUACUGACGCCUCUUGUCUCAUAAAUGUCUACUUUUCAAGACGCUAAAGGCGUAUUUGAGUUGACUUUAAAGGAAUUAGUAAUUAUUUGCAAGGAAAAUGAGUCGAAGUAAAUGAAGACCUUACGCCGAUAGAAUAUCUGUCGAUUCUGACACCUAGUUUAGUGAAUAUGUAAAUAUUGAUUUGAAUGAAGUCUGUACUCACAGUUGAUGAACUGAGCUGAAAACAAACGAGAUGAAUGAGAACUCUACGAUAAUUAUUGGCCUUAAAAAACUGACAGUUCUUUGUUUGAACUAAACUGUCUCUACUUUCAGUUAAUUUACCGAAUUAAAAAUAGUGAGGGCAGAACUGCAAUAAGAUUAGAACCGUAGCCAAGAUUGCAACGUACAUUACACUUGAAGCCGUUUAUUUAACAGCAUAUGAUAAAAUGUAUUAUAAUGUACCUCUAUAUAUAAGAUUGUAAAGUCAAUAAACUUGCCGUUAACUUAGUGGGACGGCCCUAGGAACGAAUUUG